GCCAAUUUCUAAACCAAACGCCAACGUAUCAUGAGUACACAAACAAAUUCUGGAAUCCAACAAUUAUUGGAGGCUGAGAAAGUAGCCCGCAGUAUUGUCGAAAAGGCUCGUCAACACCGUAUCCAAAGAUUAAAGGAUGCGCGCCAGGAAGCCAAGAGAGAAAUUGAAGAGUAUGCUGUUACCAAGGAGAAAGAAUUUAAAGAUCUGGAGAGUAAAGCUUCCGGUGUGUACAGUCAAGCAGAGGAAGAAACGAAAAAGCAAGUGGAGGAAAACUUUGGUACUAUCAAAGAGAAUGCAAACAAGAACUCUGAUAAAGUAGUUGAAGCCAUCUUAGCAAUCUCUUGCAACGUAAAGUGAACAUUCGCUACAAAUAAUUUUGCCGUUCAUCUAUUUCGUUCUUUUCCCUAAUAUAUUGACGAGAAAUAAGUCAUGGAAAUCUCAUUUUAUUUUGAAGUGAUGAUAAUUCUAAUUUGCAGACUUUACUUGGAAAACUAACUCGCCUUUAAAGGAGGAUAGUGUUUUAAAAACAAAAUAAUAUCAAAUAGAGCACUGGUUCCUGGAAUAGUAUGAAUUUUAAAGAGGAGAAGAUACUUGUUAAUUAAAGGAAUGACUUGAUUUUCUAAGCUGAUUAGUGAGCAAUUGGUGCGAAAUGCUUCGCUUAUAUGAGAAAAAGAUUCCGCUUGGUUUUACCUUUUAAAGUUAAAGUAGUAAGUUAAAGUGGAAGCUAAUAGCUUCCAAAAGUUUUUCUCUGUAUGAUUUGAUUGACUUUGCUAUUCCACUGUUUGCCAAAUAUUAUACGA